CAGGACAAACAGGGGAAAGUUGAAGGAGAGCUGGACGAGGAGGAGAGAGUGGACAAGCAGAUAUAAGCUGUUAGUUGGUGUUUUUUGACAGAUCGUGACAGCUCUUUUUCACCUCUGAAUAGCAGACAUGGAAGUUUUGAAAUGUAUUUUCCUCCUGUCUUGUGCUUCUUUUGUUUAUGAAGCGGAUGGACGUAAAACAUACGCUGAUAUAUUCCCCCACAAGCACUCAAUAUCAGGAAAGUUUCCGUUUCCAAUCCCUCCUAUCCCUGGCUGGGAUCCUGACACCAACCCAUGGGACGAUUACCUCUACCCACCGCUGAACCCAAAGUCAAACGAGCUCACACGCCACAGAGGUAAACCCAAAGUCCGUCUGACCAGCGACAGUCCGGCUCUCAACGGCUCCUGCAUCACCUUCACUGCCAAACUGGAGUAUCCUCCGUGCCAGAAGGAGGACGCCAACGGGGACCUUGUCUGGGAUGAGCACUGCGAGGAUGCGAAUGGACAGGUUCGCUCUGGCUACGUGUACAACUGGACCUCCUGGUUGGACAACUAUGGCUUUGGAAAGUGCACAGACAAGACGAAAUGCAACGUGUUUCCCGAUGGGAAGCCCUUCCCCCAGAGCAACGACUGGCGGCGCAAGAGUUAUGUCUACGUUUGGCACACAAUGGGUCAGUACAGUGAAACAUGCGAUGGAUCUUCCUCCAGCAUCACCAUCAACACCACCAACCUCCCUCUGGGCGCAGAGGUCAUGGAGGUCAUGGUCUACAGGAAGCGCGAGCGCAGGAAGUACAGCCCCCUCACCACCGACAACACCGUCUUCUAUGUCACAGAUAAGAUCCCACUGUCGGUCAGCAUCUCCCAGAAGGCUGCGAUCAACCAGUCUGAGAAUGUUUUCUUCCGCGGCGAGGACGUGGUCUUCAGAGUUCAGCUCCACGACCCCAGCGGCUUCCUCAACACCGCAUCCUCCAUCGACUACAUCUGGGACUUCAGAGACGGCAAUCAGGUGGUAACACACCGCAACGUGACCACACACAACUACAUGAAGCUGGGGCGGAUGAGUGUGAAGCUGGUGGUGGAAGCAGCGUUUCCGAUCGAAUGUCCAGCCACUGCCGCCACCCCGACUCCAAGAACCUCUACAACACUGAGUCCAACAGAGGCUCCCACAUCUCCACCUGCUACCCACGCUGGUCCUCAGAUGGAGACCACACAGGGACCACCCAGCACCAGUCCCACCUCCCCCUCCAUUACCAUAACGACAGGGUUGUCGACCACAGAGCCCCUCCCUCCCACUGCUGCGACCCCCAGUGAGGCCAUGUUGCUCCAAAGCAGGCGUCUCAAAGACAACGAGUGUUUCUGGUACGCAUACGGGACCUUCACAGGAAACAUCACCAUUAUCGAGCCAAAGCACUCACUGAAAAGCCUACCGAACAGUCGUAUUGUGGACGUGUCGGCUGCCAGAGUGACCGACACCGACAUCAGCUUCCGGGUGAAAUGUCUGGGCAGCAUCCCCACCUCAGCCUGCACCAUCGUGUCAGGCCCCAGCUGCACUGAGGUACGCAACAUUAUGUGUGACGAUGUGCCGCCGUCGUCAAAGUGCGAAGUGCUUCUGAGACGAAGGUUUCUGGAACCUGGAACCUACUGUGUGAACAUCACCCUGGAGGACUCGCGCAGCGUUGCCCUCGCCAGCACCACCAUCACCAUCAACAAGUCCCAGGAUCCCCCUGUGCCCAAAACUAAUCACACUCCAGGGGUGGUUCUCUCCACAAGCGCUGUGCUGGUGGCCGUCUUUGCAUUCAUUGCCUAUAUGGUUUACAAGCGCCACAAGGUGUACCGGCCCAUUCGCAGGUCACUGGUGGAGGACGCCGGCAUCCCUUCUGGGGUUGGAGGUCGCAUGGUUCGUCUGAAGGACGCCCUCUUCCCUUCCAGUGAGGAGAGCCGCCACCUGCUGACUGAGAGACACACGCUGUAGGCUUCAUGGAGCUGCACUGAAGUGCUUCCAUUAUUUACCUUUAAAGACAUACAGAAGCCUAUUAAAAAAGAAAGAAAUCACAUUUGCCCUAUGCAAGUCUAAGCAAAAAACGUAAUCAUUGAAAGUUCUAAAUAGCCAGAAUAUAUGUUAAUAAAUGAUACUCACGUCUUGUUUAUGUCUUAAUUCAGUUGUGUGAGUGUUUCGGCUCCAGAAAAUGACUAAAGCUACAGCAGUAUAUGAUUAGUGAGAUGAUUUACUAAAGAGGCUGUUCAAUGUCUGACUGAGACCCUCAUUUUGAUCUCAACAUAGGAUAAAAUAGUUGCUAGGAGAUGAAUCAGAUUCAAGUCACAGCUGUUUGAUUAAAAUAAAUGUUUUUUACAUAAUAAUCAAAUAAUCAUUGAUAGUUAAGUAUAAAAUUCUUGAUAAAUGUCCUUUAAUAGUGACAUGCAUGCUCCUCUUCAACUGAGUGAAUUAAAAUUGACGUUAAGCCUCAAAAUAUAAAGGAAUUCAGUGGAAAUUUGACGUGUCUCUAAUAAAGGUGAACUAACCAGUCCUGUUUUCAA